AUGCGUGGAGCUUCCCGACCUGCAAAUCAACUGUCGUUCCAGCAACUGCUUGAUGAAUUGAAUGCGAUCUCCAAUUCAAUUUUCCUGACAGAAGCCUAUUUAUCCACAUUGGAUACAUUUACAGAUCAUUUGGAAGAUGUUGGAGCAAGUGCCACAGAUCUCUACCUAAGUUUGACCACAACACGCCAGCAUGUGGUGACCUUCACACAGUCUCUGGUACGAAGGAAACAACACUUGGAGAUCCGCAUGAGGCACAUGGUUCAGCCACAUGCUGAAGAUGCAGAAGAAGUGCAAGCCAACCUUUUACCCACUAAGGAGCUGCAAGAGAGAGCUCUUCCUAGUCAGCAAGAUUCUCUAUUAGAAGGUCGAAUGUCAGAUGUUGCACCCGCUGAGCGUGUUGUCCUCCAUAAAGAGAAGAAGAGAUGCUUCUCUGUGGAGAAGCUGCUUUCACAGUGCGUGGAGGUGGACCGGAUGCAAAACUGGCGCAAAGGAGCAGAUUUUGACAAAACAAAUUUUUGCAAAGCCUAUUAUGUGAUCCUGAAAUUCCUGAACCAUCUCUUCGAAUCCUUCGGAGGCAAAAACUGGCUUUUCUUCAUCCCACCACCUGAGGAGAGAUUGAAAUUUGGGGAUGAUCUUGAGAAGGUGAAGGUUCCGAAAGUGACUGAUGGCGAAACAGUACAAAACAAAGCCUUUGAGUACGCUUUUGGUGUGCUCCAUGCAAGAGGCAACUUCAAUCAUGGGGCUUUUCUGAGCGGAGACAAGUUGCACAUGAAGAUGGAGUCAGUGAAAUCAUGGCUUCAGCAGCAAGAUGAUGAGUUCUUUGCAUCUGUAUCUGAACGUAUCUCUCGAGACCGUGGCAUUGACUUCCACCCGGAUAUGGUCUACGCUAGUAUUGAACACAGCACUGAUGCUGAUGCUAUGCCACAACCACAACAAGAAGAUGAGCCAAAUUUUGUGCAUGAAGAUCCCUACGCUUCAAAGGCUCAGUUGUUCAAGUAUUUUUCUGGGAAGGGUCCAACAAAGAUGAUCAGCAGCUUUUUGCAUGAUGAACGGAACUACGCUUUUGCAGUGAUUCUAUGCGAUCUCACAGUGCCUUUGGAAACAGAAUAUGCCACAAGCCAAGACACCAUGUCCUCUGGACCACAAGAAGCGCUUCUGUGGGCAGCACAAAGGGCUGCAGGAUCUUGGUUUCAGAUGAUUGUGGGCAUUGCUAGCAUCCUACAAAGUGUGGGGUUUGUAACACAUUUACGCCUGACGUUGCCAUCUGCAACUCCUUUGGAGGAAGUUCCUCCUUGGAUGACUUUUGAGCAGCAAAUCCUUAAUUGUGCUUGGGACUUCGGCGUACAUCUUUUGGCAGCGAUACUUUGGGCCAACUUGCUACAUAGCUACCGGCUUCCACAUGCAGCAGCGGCCUAUUUUCUACCUGAUGGCAGAGAAAAACAACGGGCAUUGGAACGACUGAAAGCAGCAGUGAAAACAUUGCUCAAAGAGUAUCUGAUCUUGAAGCCGGUUGAAGCCAUUCCCAUGACGAACCAUCACUUUGAUUCCAAGAGUCCUUGGAUACACGUUUCUGUUGAACGGAAGCUCCCAGCCAUGAUGAAUAUCGCUUUGGGAGCUGGGACAGCAAUGGAACUUAUCCAUGUGGAUAGAGAUGAGGAGUAUGGGCUGCUCAAGGCAGCGAUCAGAGCAAAAGUUUUCUUGUUGGCAGAAAACCUAAAGACGAUCACAGCAAGUCUCAAGCUGGAUGUGCCAAAGUUCCCCAAUGGUUCUGGAAGCAGAGGUUCAGUCAUCAAAGAAGAUCAUGCCCGCGCGCUGGUUAGAUUUCUGUUUGAAGGUGGUGAAACAGAGGAAGCCCAGGAAGGGUUGGUAAGGGGACUGGCCCCUCCUACCAAACCUAAAAAGAAAAAACCAGAUGAAGACAUGGAUGAGAUGUCCACAGUCCUUGGUAUGAUUUCGAUGCUUGAUCCUGAAAAUGCACAAGCAUUUGACAAAAUGUCGCAGCUCGCCAAAGACGAAUUGGCAGAAUUGUACCGACAGGAAGGUGCUGAAGAGGUCAAAGCAAGAGUGAGAGAUGCAUUGGAAAAGGAAGACAUUGAGGUAGAAUUUCACUCAAAAGGGAAAGUCAAAGUUAAAAGAAAGCAGGAACCAAACACUGGAGACAAGAGAGAAUCUGCAGAGAUCAAUGAUACUUGGGCGGCCUUAAUAGGCGCAAAUUAG